CCUUUCACUCACUGUUAGACCCAGGAGCAAUAUUUCUUAUUCCUUCAGGACAAUCCCGCCCACUGUCACCUCUGAGCUGCAUAUAAGACAGCAGAACGGACCUGUUGAUAAGAACCUGGUGUCAAGACAAGCCUGACCAUGCGGUGUAAAGUCCUCAUCUUUGUUGUGCUCCUGGAUCUCAUAAAACAUGCUUCUUCUGAUGAAAUUCAGGCCAACCCGAACACAAAUGCAACCCUGCCUUGCAACAUCACCUUCCAAGGAAAUACAUUAAAUGUAUCUCUGAUCAGAGUCAGGUGGACAAGAAAUGACUCGAGCAUUGCCACGUUUGGAGGAGCAGAGGAGCAAAUUAAGGAGGGAUUCAGCUGGGAUCCCACUAAUUUCACCAAUGGGGACUUUUCACUAACCAUCAUGAGGGCCAGUCUCAGUCUGCAGGGGGUAUAUGAAUGCAAAGUUAGUUACAACUCCGAAGAUCUUCCCUCCACUAAUGUUACAUUUAGUAUUGUAGCGCCCCCUACGGUCUCUGUGCCUCAGAAGUGGGUUCUGUUAGAAAAAGAGACCGAGUUUGAGUGCUAUGCAAGUGGCUUCUAUCCCCCACCAGUGUUUUUUUCCUGGAGCAUAGAAGAACAAGUGAUAAAGCCUCCAAUACAGGUGGACGGCGAGCCUGGUCCUGAUGGAUUCUACACAGCUGUGGACAAACUGACCAACUUCUACCCUUCCAAAGAAAACCAGAAUGCCACCUUUAGCUGCAAAGUAUCACACAGUGGCAGCGAUCAUGAGCUAGAUUUCCAUCUCAAUGUCACCAAUCUCCCUUCUGUCAGACUCUCAGUCGUGCAGACUCGUUCCAGCAAUGCUCCUCUCACUCUUUACUGUGAUGUGGAGAGUUUCUACCCAGAAGAAGCAUCUGUGUCCUGGUUCCAGAAUGGCACAAUGCUUCCUGACCCUCCAGUGACCAACCAGAACAAUGAUCGGACCUACACAACCAGGCGGUAUUUCACUUUGAGUCCAGAGCAGAGGCAGCAAAGGGGUACAGUUGAGUGUGCUGUGAACCAACCAGGGGUGGUGGAUCCAGUCAGCACAUCAGCAGACCUGGACAAACUGGAUCCUCAGGACGAAGCUCCUGUGUUAACAAACGCAGCCAAAGCAUCCGUGGCUAUGAUGUGUAUCUCUAUUGUGUUGGUCUUCCUGCUUUGUUUCGGCUUUUCUUGGAGGAGAAGAGACGAGAAACAGAAGUCACUCACGGUGUCAAGAAUCAUCCUCCCGCCCCGUGUCAUUGUUGGUCAAAAGGGGAGGGUGAGCGUCAGCAUCGAGGGCAGACGGGUGGACAGGGUGCAGACCACAUGGUUUCUCAAUGACACUCCCAUCAGUGACACCUCACUUACAGCUUCAGAGAAAGGUCCUCUCCUGACCUCCAGAGGAGAGAUGGGGUACUACAAGCUGCACACUCAGGGGCCACUCCACUCCUCUGGGAAGGGGUCUCACCUGAUCUCCGCUCUCACCUUCGUCCCCCAAAUAUCUCUGCACAAGGGUGCUGUCUUUAAGUGUCAGGUUUCCUAUGUGGGCAAGGACAAGAUUGUGGAGGAAAGAGUGUCAGAGAGGUUUACUAUACUCUGUAAGAAAAGUGAAUACAUAAAUAUAUUUCAUUUUUGUUACAAUCUGAAUUCUUACGUUUUUACAAAGUUUCCUCCUUGCUGCCAUUGCCUCUCAGAUGUCAUCAGCAUGACAGUUCGGGCGACACAGUUUCACCCAGAUGUCAUCACCUUCCGCUGGUUCUGUCAGGGCGGGGAGCUCAGCCCCGUGGCUUCCAAGGCCUCGUCGUCGCCUCGGCCUAAUUCAGAGGGCUUCUUCUCCGCCUUCAGUCAGUGCAAACUUCCCCGGAGUGAGGUGGAAAAGGGAGCUACCAAGGUGUGGGUGAGCGUGCACCACAUCGCCCUGAAGCAGCCGAUCACCCGUGAGACUAGAGGCUUCAUCAAAAGACCAUGUGUGUCUGACCUGAUCAGCUUCACCAAUGCCUCUGAUCAGACCUUCAGUCUGGGAUGUGAGAUUACAGAUUUCUACCCCCCAAACAUUUCAGUCACUUGGCUGAAGCUUAGAGGUGGGGAGGAAGAUGACAGAGAAGAGGAGGUGAUAGAGGGAGGAGAGCUUUGGGGCCCCAUACAAACUCAACCCAGACUCUUCAGAGCAACAGCUACGCUAAAGAGAAAACCAAACCCUCAGGAGAAAAGGGACAAAGCGGGUGGUGUCACUUGUAGAGUCCAGCAUUGCUCCCUCAAAGAGCCAAUAGUGAAACACUGGAGAAACGGGGAAAAUGCUGCUCCGACCAUUCCUCCAUCGGUUUCAGUUUGUUGGAGCAGCGAAGGUGUUGGGGUGUUCUCCAUCGUGCUGAAAGGAGGGCAUCCAAAAGCCAAAAUACUCUGGGCAGCGGGGGGGCAUACACUCUCACCAUUAGUGUCCACUGAGACAGAGGAGAUAGGAGAUGACGGACAGAGAGAGCUGAAAAGUGUCUGCGCCCUGGAGAAGUCCACAAGUCUCCCAAGUUUACCUGAAAAGCUGUCAGAGAGACGCAGGAGUAGCCAAGCAAUAAAAACAAAAGCUGCCGUCACAGACCCCGACUCUGAAGGGAUACAAUACAUUGAUGAGAAAGUGGAUGGAGACAAUAAAGACAUGGACAGAUAUGAGGAAACUAUAUCAGAAGAGGAGGAGGAGGAGGACAGUUACAAAGAAGCAAAGGCCGACACAAGCGCGCUCCACAUCAACAAGGUCAACCUGAGGGCGGGUCUCAGAGAGAGCGAGAAGUCGUGCCUGAGAGUGUGUGUGGAGAUCACACACCCUGCACUCCACAUUCCAGUUUAUCGAACCUGGACAGAGGCCAAUGAGGAAAUUUCAUCCUCCACAUGAAGAAGACCCUCAACAUAACUUCCUUAUUUUCCUUCGCUUCUACUGUAUCUAAUAUUUAUCUACAAGACAUAACAUAAAUCACAUUAUUAAAAUGCAUAUCAUAUGUUUCUUGUUUCUUGUUGGAUCAGGGUUUAUUUAUAUCUUUAGUCUCUCGUCUUUUACUUUUUUUUUCUAAACUGUAUUUUUUCUCCCACAAAAGAUCUUAUUUUUGUAUAAAGAUGCUGACAAUAAA